AUGGGCAGGCGGAGCGGCAGGUAUGAGAUGGCGGCGGGAGCACCGGCGUCCGGUGGUAGCAGUGAUGCCAUCUGCAAUUUUGUCAUCUGCAAUGACUCCUCCCUCCGCAGCCACCCGAUCAUCUUCAAUCCUGACUUCUUUGUGGAAAAGCUGCGCCAUGAAAAACCAGAGGUGUUCACAGAGCUGGUUGUCAGCAACAUUACCAGGCUCAUUGAUUUGCCUGGGGCAGAGCUGGCCCAGCUAAUGGGAGAGGAGGACCCAAAGCUGCCUGGGGCAAACAGCACAGCCUCUGGAUUUUUUCGUUCUCUGAUGUCUCUGAAGCGCAAGGAGAAAGGGGUGGUGUUUGGCUCACCACUGACAGAAGAAGGCAUCGCACAGGUUUCCCAGCUAAUAGAGUAUCUGCACAAAAAUCUAAGAGCAGAAGGCUUGUUUCGAGUGCCAGGCAACAGCAUCAGGCAACAGAUCCUAAAGGAUGCUCUGAACAGUGGUACAGAUAUUGACCUGGACUCUGGAGAGUUUCAUUCCAAUGAUGUGGCCACCCUACUUAAGAUGUUCCUGGGUGAAUUACCAGAGCCGCUGCUGACGCACAAGCACUUCCAUGCCCACCUCAAAAUUGCAGACUUGACGCUGUUUGAUGAGAAGGGGAAUAAGACCAGCACUCCAGACAAAGAGCGCCAAAUUGAAGCCCUCCAGCUGCUGUUUUUGAUCCUUCCCGCUCCCAACCGCAGUCUGCUCAAACUGCUGCUGGACCUGCUCUACCAGACUGCCAAGAAGCAGGACAAGAACAAGAUGUCUGCCCACAACCUUGCCCUCAUGUUUGCACCCCACAUCCUAUGGCCCAGAAAUGUGACGGCAAAUGACCUUCAGGAAAAUAUCACAAAGCUGAAUAAUGGAGUGACCUUCAUGAUCAAACAUUCUCAGAAACUCUUCAAGGCUCCACUGUACAUCCGGGAGUGUGCCAGGCUACACUAUCUGGGAUCCAGAACCCACACAUCAAAGGACGACCUGGAUUUGCUGACGUCUUCGGGCUCCAAGGAGCUGCAGCCCCUCAAGUCUCAGAAGCGAAGCCGGCUGGACUCUUGCCAUCAGGAGACCCAGCAGUGCACAGAGGAGGCACUGAAGGAGCUCUUCCACCAUGUCCACAAUAUGCCUGACUCUGCAAAGAAGAAGAAGCUUAUCCGGCAGUUUAAUAAGCAUCCAACAGCUCUGACUCCUGGCUCUGAUGCGCCCACAUCCCCAGCACCGCGACGCACCCGCCCACGCUCCUUCAGCGGCCUGAUUAAGCGGAAAGUUUUGGGAACUCCAGUUAUCCUGGAGAGGAAGAGCAGGGAUACCACACCAGAGCCUGUGCGGGUCAGCAAAGAGAACAUCCAACUGUUACAGAAAUGUGGCUCUCCAGCUCAUAUGUCCCAGGUGAAGCUGAAGUCUUUGGAAGGCCAGAAAGAGGGAUCCUGUAGACGCAUGCGAGCCCGCCUGCUUUCCAAGGAUUCAUCAUCCCUCUGAAUUGCCUCACACCAAUGCAUGGGUGGGGAUUGCCCAGCCUCACAAGCUGUGAAUAGAAAAUGUGCUGCACUGAGAGGGGAGUGCUGCAGGCUCACAGAACCCUCACCAACACAGCAGCACUCUUGAACCUGGACCUUUGCAAGGAUUGCAGGGAUUUGUUUCUUCCUGUAUAUAAAUUAUAUUUCAUUCUACUAUGGGGCAAACCACUAUCUAACCAAAACUUGUGCAGCAUGUCUGACCUGCUGGCUCCGGGAAGAGCUGGAGUGCUUGCUUACAAGGAGAGCCCUGUUCUUUGCAGGGCCCUGUGUGCAUGCCCAGCUUUCUCUGUAAUGUUGCUAGGCUGUAAUUUUUUGCUUUACUGCUCUGAGUUUUUAACACGUUGGCUUGUUUUUGAUUCCUCCCCCCUGUUAGCAGUGAGAAUGAUGGGCUGUAACCUUUACCCACAUCCUGACAUCUAAGCUUCCCUCCAGUCCUCCUCUGGAGGCAUGUCCUUCUCUGCUUCUUCUUGGCUCCAUUUUGCUCUGCUGUUUCCAAAGGGCUGAAGUGCACAAACGGUACAGAGCACAGGAUGGGCCUGGAAGGAGAGGCUCUGUAUGCCAUCUUUUCAAGUAGAGCCAGGGGAAAGGAGCUUCCUCAAUAAACUCAUCCCUCUAUUUUAGCUUGAGCUAGAGACAGCCCUUGCUCACUGCCUUCAUGUUUCGGUGGCACAGUUCUGAACAAGGAGUGGCUUGGCUUUGUGUUCACCCAGAGAGGCUUAAGCUGAGGAGAGCAGGAGGCUGGCAAAGGCUGUCUGGGGCAGAACACCCUAGUCCUUGGAAGUUUGGCUGCCUGGGGCAGAACACCCUAGUCCUUGGAAGUUUGGCUGCCUGGGGCAGGCAGAGUCUUGUGGCUACGUGUGAAAGAGAGGUGAGAGAAGGCUCCAUCCAUUUGUGAUCUGCUGCAAAUGGUGCCAAAGGCUUUGGCUCAAGAUACCUGGAUGGCUGGUAAGGCAACUGGCUGAUUAAUCAUUAAACUGGGGGAAAAGGCUGAAGCUGGGUUUGGCUCUUUGGUCUGAGCUGCAGAAAUGAGAUGAAACCUCCUAGAUACAGAAUAAACCCCAAUCACAGCCAGCCAAUGUCAGCAGUCUCGUUAAGCCAAAGUGCUCCAGAAAGCCAGUCUUGCCAAGAACCUGUCUGCGACCCUCUGAGGUAGGAUACACACUGGGUCACUACUGUGAAAUAAAGAUUUAAUCAGCUGGGGGACCAUCUAAACACUUCUCAGCCCUUCUCAGCAAAGCAAAUAAUCUCUGGAAUCCAAUUAUAUUUGUCUUCUAAUCUUUAAGAACCAGCAGCCAGCCAGAGUUAGAGCUUUGCUCUUGACAGCUUUCUGAAACAACUGGUGGCAGGAGGUGUGAAUAUUGGAGUUCAGUCUGAUCGGCUGGAGCUGUCAGAACAGGGCAUUGGAGUCCUGUGCAGCUUAGCUGGAAUGUGUCACUUUUUUCAAUUGUGGGUUUGUUUGGUUUUUUUUAAUAUACAAAUCUCUGUGCUGCUCUGUACAAAGGAUGGUUUUUGCUAAUUUAUCAGGGAUUUUUGUCCCCAGUCUGACCCCAAGUUGGAGCCUUGAAAAUACAGGGGGUAGGGAAACUGUAGAUGUGUGAGUUGGGAGUUGCUGGUGUUAGAAGCCUCUGUCACAGCAAAGAAAGCUCUGGUUCUUCAGGGACCAGACUGAUGAUGAUGCUGUGAGGAAGGGCAGAGGCUGUUUGCUGUGGUAGUAGCAUGUGCUUUUUGGAUAUGUCUGUAAUCAUUUCCUCCAGAGGCUGCAGCUGUUUAUGUGCUUUUCUCUGAAGGGCACCAUGUUUUUCUGACUGCACUUCUGCCCUGUCCCUGCAGCCUGCUGGUAGCAGAGACUUGGGAAUCUCACCUCCGAGCAGAGAUGAGGAACGGAUAAGGGUAAAGUGGCAGCACAGGGAGAGCUGGGUCUGCUCCUGCUAACUCUGCUCUUACUUGCAUUGGGAACAAUUUCUGGGUGAAGCAUUUCUCUUCCCAUUGUCCUACUUGGUGUCUCGUAUGGCUCUGUAUGGGUGACUGCUUGGCAAGGCAGUCUUGUACCUAAAACUAAAUAUACUGCUCCCAUAUAGAUGAGACUAAUGUAACUCUCCACUGUUCCCCCUUACUGAUGGCUCUAGCUCAGGGCCUCUCUCUGGCUUCUGGCACAGCUAAGAUUUGUUCAGCUCUAAGAAAAGUUACCUUUGGGGCAUUGGCCAGGCCUUCUGCACGUCAGAUGCCUUACCUGGUACGGAGGUGGGUGCUGUCUCCUGACGGGGCAGACUCAGCAGGGGUUCAGUACCCUGGGCUUUAGUCUGUGGUGCUGGGCUCACCAUGCUGUGGGUGGUGGAGAUUGGCAGAUUCUGCCCCUAGGACCUUGGCUGUUGCAGUCCCAAUGCAUUCACACUGUCUCCCAGGCACGGGAGAGUUUUAGUCAUGCUUGGAUGUGUCGCAUUUGUCUGCCUUGUGCAAUGACUCAUAAGGAUGCUUCUUCCCAGAGCAGCCGCUAACUGUUCCCAGAGUCUAUCAUUUCCAGAGUAUUUUUAAUCUUUGUCCUUAUUUAUA